AUGUUUCCUGAAUCAAAAAUUUCAUCUUAUGUUGUAUCAAUCGCUACUUAUUUGAUAUGGGCAUGGGAUUUCAUGACUCAUCUUUCUUUCUAUCAGCAAAGAGUACAACUUGAUCAGGUCGUCGGAAACCAUCAUCAGCUCGGAGCUACACAGUUUCACCAGAAGAUGAGCUCCGAGGAGUCUGUGGAAUGCGCUGUGUGCUUGUCCAAGAUAGAAGAAGAUGACGAGAUUAGAGUGCUGAGAUGUGAUCAUCUUUUUCACAAAGGAUGCUUGGAUCGUUGUAUUGAAUAUAAGCACACCGCAUGCCCUUUGUGCCGUGAUAUUUUAGCUGGGCCACGGAUGGUUUGUGAGCUUGGUCGUGAACUACUUGUUUUCGCUUUCUGUUCGAAUAAUAGUUCUAGUGAUGAUGAUUUUGACAGAUGGUGGAUC